AUGCUAUCCAUCCAGUUUGACUGGCGGAGGGCGCAAGUCGCUUUUCCGCUGCCUGCUCCUUUGUUCACAUGGACUGACUUGGGCCGCAAUUCGAUAUCACAGGAAGUUCGGAAAGCAUAUCCAGCGGCGCCAGCUCGACCUCCCCGACUGAUCAAACAGUUGAGCGCGACUCCAACCAUCCCCGCCCAGGGAGCCAGCGUACCGCCCACAUCGGAGAUUCUCGACCCGCAGGCUGCUCUUCGUGCAAACAAGGAAGUCUUUUUCUUCCGGCUGUUUUCCUUGCGCCUCAAAACCCUCCUUGAUAAGCAAAGAGUCGUCCAGUCGAAACGCUCAGUAUCCAAUUCAAAGGCACCGGCCAACUUUGUCACUUUAUUUGAAGGCUUUCAACAAUUCGACGGCGACCUCAAUAAACUGCAGCAAUUUGUCGAGGUAAACGAAACUGCAGUUUCGAAGAUUCUCAAAAAGUCUCGUACAAAGGAGCUCUAUCUUCAGCGUGCAGUUGAGGUGCAACCUUGCUUCAACCGCGAUGUUCUUAGAGAUCUUUCUGAUCGCGCUACAACAGCACGGUUAGAGCUGGAAGCUUGGGCAGAAGGGGAGAAUAUACAGUUCGAUACAUCUCAGGCUGUAGAACGGUCAAGUAUAGUUCCAGAGGAGGACGAUGCUGAUCUGCAUGCCCUACACACCGCUGCUACCGGUAAUCUUACAAUUUUGAAAGAUUGGGUUUCGAAAUUGCAAUCCUCCCAGGACGCUGGCUCUCGGGUUACUCGUAUUUUCCUGGCCGCCAUAAACGACUUUUCAGAUGAGGUCCUUACACUGCUCCUCGACACCGGUCUGGUGGAUAUGCAUGCCGAGGACGAUAUCAAUGAAAGAAAUUGCCUACAUGAGGCAGCCAUCUCCGGUCGAGAAUUCGUUUUGCGCGCCGCUUUGGAGCGUGGGGUUGAUGUCUCACACACUGACGUUUAUGGGCGGAUACCACUGCAUUAUGCAUGCAUGCACGGCCGCGUUGAAAUAGUCCGAGCCCUUGUUAAUACCGGGCCCCUCACAAUUGACUUCAUGGAUCAUGACAAUUUCACCCCUUUGAUUCACAGCAUCAUACGAGACCAGCUAUCGUGCGUUGAGCAGCUCCUAUCGCACAAUGCGCGUAUCAAUCCGUCAUCGGAAUCGGAUCAUGUCCCUUUAAAUUUGGCUUGUCAGCAUGCGUCUUUGCCAAUCAUACAAAUGCUCCUGGAACGAAAGGCCAAACUGCUUCCAGAUGCUGAAGGUUUGUAUCCUCAGCACUUAGUGGCAAGGACGUGUCGGUCGCCUGAAGUGAUUCUCCUCCUGAAAAGCCACGGAGCAGAUUUGGAUCAGAAAGACAAGCUGUACCAGUGGACACCUUUGUUCCAUGCGGCGAGUGAGGGAUGCGUUGACUGCUUGAGGACGCUGCUGGACAGCGGUGUGGAUGCCGAUGCCCUUGAUGAAAAGGAUCUUCCUGCAAUGUACUAUGCUGUCUGGGAAGGCCAUCUGGAAUGUAUGAUCCUUUUGUGGUCGCGACGAGCAGGCGCUAGGGUGUCCCAACCCCUUGGCCCCCUGAACGGGGCUAACUUCCGUGACGCGAGCUCAAUGACGUCUCCCGCUCUCGCAGAACGCCCGGGUCCUGGAGGAAUGGAGGCUGAUGGCAUCCCGGAUUUAUCGUUACCUCCUCCUAUCAUUCCUCUCCGUCGUUACGGCCAUAAUUUCUUAGAUAACAAAACCUUCCUCCAAAUUUAUUUCGAGCCAGCCCCUUCCGAACCUAUUGUGUUCUAUCAAGCCGGUCGCUACGCUGCUGCGAGACUAACUAUAUCUUCCAAAAUGUCGGACCUGAUACCUCGGAAUAUCAUGCUGCCUUUCCAAGAGGAUUCUAGGAUUGUAUCUUUCCAAAUCGACCGGCUGGACAAUUUCACGCUUGAAUUCGAAAUAUUCCCUACAUUCGGAUCUAAAGUAAUUGCAAAGACAGUUGCUUUGUCAGAUAUCUUUACGAGCGGCACCCGAAGCUCAGGAUCAUGCUGCUUACCUCUUUUCGAUCCCAGGCUGCGACCCAUCGGUGAAAUCAAGUUCGACUUCCAGGUCAUCAAACCGUACUAUGGAGAACCCCUUGAGAUCACACAUUUUGCGACAUACUGGAAAGCCACUGGCGCUCUGGAUUCCGACCACAACGGACAAAUAACCGGCUCGAGCUUGUCGGGAGAUUAUGUCCAACUGUUCGUCCAGCUGACGAGGGACGGCGUCCCCGUUUUAUAUCCUGAAUUUACGGUUAAUCAUCACGGGAUCGACAUUCCGGUUUGUUCUUUAACAUAUGAUCAGUUCAAGACCGUGAGCCCGAGACGCCACUCUCAAACACAUUCGGAUGAAUUGACCCUACUUCGUUCGUUAGAGGCGAUGAAUAUUGAUGAUUUGCCCAACGUCCACCGGGUCCUUGCAACGUCGUUUUUGACUUUGCGGGAAGUUCUUGCACAUCUUCCAACUAGUAUUCAUGUCAAUAUCUGCGCCCUGUACCCAUCCGCCGCUGAUGAGAAGGAGUUUGGCCUUGGUCCACAAAUCAACGUAAAUGCGUUUGCGGACUCCAUUCUCACCGAAGUCUUCAACCACGCGCGAUCGUCCAAGGAAAACAAUCCUUACUUUAUGCGCUCUAUAGUGUUCACCUCGUACAACCCCAACAUUUGCAUCGCUCUCAAUUGGAAGCAACCGAAUUACCCUGUAGUGCUUUGCAACGACCUUGGUCAGAUUCGUGAUUUGACAAAAGACGCGACCUCGCAGCCACCAAUCCGUUGUAGCGGACGUGCCUCGAUGUCGAUUAAAGAAGCGGCUAGAAUUGCACAGACCAACAAUCUCAUGGGCCUGAUGUGCCGCUCAAGUUUAUUGAACGUUAUGCCCGCGCUCGUUGAAUCUAUCAAAGAACAAGGCCUUGUCCUAGUUGCCGACACGUCCGACGAAGCUGGCGAAAGAACUCGAUCCGGAACCCCGAUUAACACGGAAUGGGCAUAUCGGAUGCCCACAGGCGUCAAUGGCGUAAUGAGAGGGACUGGCGUCUUGCGAUUUAAUGAUACAGUUGAUAUGUGA